AUGGCUCACAUUCUCCAGUUUCCUUCCUUCCCUCCACCGCCUUCCUCCGCGCUACCCCCAGGUUAGCUCCAUGUGGGAAACCCACUCUCCUUCCGGUGCGGGCCAAGAGCCGGGAGAUCUUCAUGCCGGCGCUCAGCUCCACCAUGACGGAGGGCAAGAUUGUGUCUUGGGUCAAGUCCGAGGGUGACAAACUCUCCAAGGGCGAGAGCGUGGUGUUCGUGGAGUCUGAUAAGGCCGAUAUGGAUGUCGAGACCUUCCACGAUGGAUUCCUCGCUGGUAUUAUGGUCGAGGAGGGGGUGGCUCCAGGAAUUGAGCUGGGAUCAGUCGUUCCCUUUACAACAAUGCAAGGUGCCGUGAGUAGGAUUAUGGUUGAGAGCUUGACUGUGCCUGCUUUUAGAGUUGGAUACACAAUUGUCACGGAUGCUCUAGAUGCUUUGUACAAGAAGAUCAAGUCCAAGGGAGUAACAAUGACAGCACUACUUGCCAAGGCAACAGCUCUUGCAUUGGUUAAACAUCCUGUAGGCGAUUCUAGUUGCAGGGAUGGGAAGAGCUUUACAUAUAAUAGUAGCAUCAAUAUUGCAGUUUCUGUAGCUAUUGCUGGUGGUUUGAUUAUGCCUGUGCUCCAGGAUGCAGACAAGGUUCUUGUUAUUCUACUUCUUUCUUCUCUGUGUUUCUCCUGGGUAUUGGUUGUGCCAAUUUUGUUUGUCCAAGUGCAUAUUUUAGGUUGACAUUUAUUCAUUGUCAAGAAAAUGGAAAGGGUUGGUUGAUAAGGCCUGGGCUAAGCAAUUGCAGCCUCAUGCAUAUAAUACUGGUAUGCUAGUCCACAUGAUUUUUCUUCCUGGAAAGCUGGGUGACAUCGCAUUCUGUAAAUCAUGUUCUCUUGCUUAAGCUUAUUUCAGCAUCAUAGCAUUUAUUUAUUUUAUGAGAUGGGAGAUGGGAUGUUGAUUGGAGAUUUUAUUUGCUAGUAGCUGUAUUUGAAAUUAUUUUGGGUAACAGUAACUGAAGUAUAUUCUUCCAUUUUUCCAAUCUCA